GCUGUUCUUGAACUGCUGUAAAAGAGACAGCCACUUCGAACCAGAUUAUUGAUCCUUGGCAACGAGGGUGCAACGAGUGCACAACAUAUACAAAAGAUUCAAUCGAAUAGCAGCGGAGUAGGGUAGGAAUACAAAGCUAUAUUCGGUGUUCUUAGGGGAGAUACAAGUCUUGCUUGGCGAAGAAGCUGAUACUUUCUUGCACUGGUUCCGACGUGGAAAAAAUACACGUCACGUCACAUGUGGCAUCAUGUUUAAAAUUUAAAAGCAGCGACGAGUUAUCUGGGCGUACAAAGCCGCUGCAUCUCCCAGUAGAUGCAGUCUACUUGCAAGGAAUGUCACAUGUCGCCUUUAGAUGGAACCAGCAGGACAAAGGUGCACACAAAAUUGUAAGCGCAAGGUGUACUCGACUAGUACAUUUUCGCUACACAACGGCACAUAGCCCAGAUGUUCUGGUGGGCGCGGAUCCGCUGCUGCGUCCCACAGGGACAGUCGGGGGAAUGGGUAUCGAGCGCAUCAAGGGGACAGACAAGGAGGGGUUGCUUGACGUGAACCGUAUCGACAGGGCGCGCAAGGGUCCCGAGAUCAAGCUGCCGGAGGACCAGAAGCUCAAGGUCGGCGUUAUCGGGGGCGGGCUUGCCGGCAUGAUCACGUCCAUGGACUUAGCGGAGGCCGGGCACGAGGUGGAGAUCUUCGAGGCUAGGCCGUUCAUGGGUGGCAAGGACAAGGACGGCAACCACAUCGAGAUGGGGCUCCACGUGUUCUUCGGCUGCUACUACAACUUCUUCGGAAUCUUCCGCCGCCUGGGCAUCUUCGACUCGGCCCUCCGCCUCAAGGACCAUAACCACCAGUUCGUCAACAAGGGGACAAGAGCUACUCUACUUCCGUGUGCUGUGCUAAACGAAAUCUUUCUGAAAAAAUUCAAGGGCGGUGAACUGGGUGGCUUGGACUUCCGCAUGGGGGGCAUCGGUGCUCCCAUCAACGGGCUUAAGGCUUUCGCCACCACCGGCCAGCUUGGCAUCUUCGACAAGCUGGCGAACGCUCUCGCCCUGGGCACGUCUCCGAUCGUGAAGGCGCUCUUUAAUUUCGAUUGGGCCAUGGAGGAUGUCCGAGCGCUUGACAGCAUGACCUUCAGCGAGUGGUUCGAGGGGAAGGGGGGUUCCAGGGGUUCCAUCGAGCGGCUGUGGGACCCUAUCGCGUACGCGCUCGGCUUCAUCGACUGCGACAACAUCUCGGCGAGGUGCAUGCUCACCAUUUUCCAGGCGAGCAAGAGAUGUCUGUUUGCGAUCCGAUCGGAAGCAUCCGUAUUGCGAAUGCUGGAAGGCUCCCCGGACGAAUUCAUCCACCAGCCUAUACUCAAGUACCUGGGAGAGCGGGGCGUGAAGCACCACACCUCCCGAAGGAUUCUCGACAUCAAGCACGAAGUGGACGCUGACGGAAAGCCGACCCACGUGAACGGCCUCGUCGUGACCGGCGGCGGCGGCGGGAAGGACCAGCAGUACAAGGAGUUCGAUGUCGUGAUCGCGGCGACCGACGUGCCGGGCAUCAAGAAGCUCCUGCCCGAGAACUUCCGCAAGUACGACAUGUUCGACAACAUUUACAAGCUGGACGGGGUCCCUGUGGCCACGGUGCAGCUUCGCUUCGACGGGUGGGUGACCGAGCUUAACGACAAGGACAAAAGAAACGACGUAGCCUCCGACUACUCCGGCGGCAAGGCCCCCGGCCUGGACAACCUCCUGUACACCGCCGACGCCGAGUUCUCUUGCUUCGCGGACCUGGCGCUUACCAGCCCCAGCUCGGACUACUACAAGCCGGGAGAGGGCUCUCUGCUGCAGUGCGUCAUGACGCCGGGAGACAAGUGGAUGCCCAGGUCGACGGAAGACAUCGCGGCCGCGUGCCUCAAGCAGGUGCUCGAGCUCUUUCCGUCGGCGAGGGAGCUUAACUGCACGUGGACGAACGUGGUGAAGUUGGGGCAGUCUCUCUACCGCGAGGGGCCGGGCUUGGACCAGUACAGGCCGGACCAGAGAACUCCCAUCUCCAACUUCUUCAUGGCGGGCUCUUACACUUACCAGGACUACAUCGACUCCAUGGAGGGGGCAACGAAGUCGGCCCUUCUCUGCGCCGACCGAGUCCUGGAGGACACGCCGGCCCUCGCCAAGGCCGCGAAGGAGCGAAAAGCUGUCGCGGCAUGAAGAAGUUCUCGAAGGAGUUGUCAG